AUGGCCAGUACGAUCUAUGGCUAUACUUCCUUCAAGGCUCUCGGUGUCGGUGCAUUCGACCAGGCAGGCUAUGAUGUCGUUCAAGCCAAGGUUGAGCCAGAGGGAAUACCCUGGGCUUCAGGGUUCAUGAUGAUUUCACAACCUCAACUUGGCGGCAUUGUUUUAGUACUUAGCAUGAUAGGAGCAAUUUUCGUCAAUCAAGCAAAAGUUCGUCUCCUGAACCUUUCCGCAGAGCAACAAUCCGAGGCAUUAGCUAUCAUCGUACAAGCUAUUGACAACGUUUAUAUCCUAUCGAUUGUCGCGGGCGGUCUUGGUGUGGUGCUUUCUGUUCCCAUGGUUUACAAAGCCCAUACACCAAGCUGUCUCGAGGUUGGAUAUGUAAGCAUAAUCAUUGCUUCAUUCCUACGACGAGUAUUUGCCACCGAGUUGGUUGGAAAGAGUCAGUUCCUGAGCUUCCUACUCGUGAUCGAACACCUUCAGUCCUAUUAA